AUGAAUAUUUAUACAUUGAAAUUUGAAGAAACCACUCUAGAGAAUUCUUAUCGAUACCAUAAAUGUAAUUAAUUAUAAAGUCCUAUUCUUAUAUACACUUAUGUUUUAUCAAUACUACUUAUUGGCAGCUAAUUAAUAUAAUAAUUAGUUAAUCAUAAUUAUGCCUAUUUGAUACAAAAACUAGUGAUUCUCUUAAUUGUAAUUUUGCUAUGCUUGUUUUUUAAGCAACUCAAGAGAUUUCCUAACUUAAUUUUACUCUUAAUUAACUUACUACUAGUAUCACUUGAAACUGAAUCGAAUUAAAAGAAUACAUAUCAUCAAGGAUAUUUGUUUGGUUGUAAUUAAAUGCUUACACAUAUAAUUUUAUUGAUGGGUUCUGAUUUUUAAGUGGGUUUAUUUACGAAUAUCAUAUUAGCGAUUUCAAGAACAGCAAUCACUUUUGUAAAUGAAGAUGCUUUAACUUUUGAAUAAUAUCUAUACACGAUCAUAAUUACUGUUGGAGUCUCAGGUUUAUUAUAUUCAUCAGAAUUAUACUAAAGAAGAUCUUUUUUAUAUUAAACAAAAGACACUACUUGGGAGAAAAUAUUACCGUUUGUAAUUUGCAAGCCUUUUUUAAUAUUCAAAUUCGAUAAAGAUUCGUUCUGCUUUCAAUAAAUUGCAAUUAACAAAUCAUUAACAGAGAGUUAAGAAAUGUAAUUUGAUUCUGUAGGAGAUUUUCUAAAAGAAUGCAAAUAUGAAAAAUCAACACUAUAAAAAUACUUAUUUUAGAAAUAUGAAAAGUUCAAUAACUUAGUUAAUAAUAUCGAUUGUGAAAAAUUAGAAAUCUAAUAUAAAAAGAGUAGAAUGAAAAUCAAACUACUAGUCUAUUUUGUAGACACAGUUAGAUUUAUGAUAGUAGUGGAAACAGUAGAUCAAGCCUUCAUUGAUUUAAAAUAUAGAUACUAAAAUAACUUAAAAGAAGUGACUAAAAAGUAUAAUAAUUAAAUAAAGAAACUCGCUAAAAUCUUAAAUAAAAAACUAAAAAAAUGUAAGAUCCAACUGGUUAGUGAAAUAGCUAUAUCAAUACUCGAAUUUCGAAUUCUGUAAUCGAUUAAAAUGGAAAAACUAAUCAAAAUCAAUUUGUAACAGCUGUUUCAAAAAUUUUAUCAAAUCUUUCAUAUUAUUUAUAAAUAUGACGUAUAUUUUCAAGCAAAAUAGGAUUAUAUCAUUUAUACUUACAAACCAGAAUUAUAUUACUUUAUUGUAUCUAUAAUUAGGUAAUCAAAUAGAACAUAGUAGAUAUCAUUUAUUAUUGAUUAAAAUUAAGAAGCAUAGGUUCCGUAAUUAUCACUUUCAGGCAUCGAAAAACUUCCUGAAGAAUAUUAAUUUUAAUAUUGUCAACAAACAGUUUUUGAAAAGCAUAUAUAAGUGUUAAAUUCUCAUUUUUGGAUCUUCAAGGAACUUCACUCUUCGUUUAACUAACACUAUACUUUUGAGAAUAUUUCAAAUGAUCAAUAAAAUUUAUUAAAUUAAUAUAUUUGA